UGUAGUCUGACCAAGGGGCGAAGAUGAAGUUUAUAACAUCAUGUCUUCUAGCAGUCAUCCUAUCCUGCCUUCUUGUAUACAUUUCUGCACUAGAUCUCACCUUUAACGUCACUGGAAAAGCAGAUGACAAAGGGAUCUGCAGUUGUUCUGUUCAGAUACCUGAUAACACGUUCCCGGUUGCAAGAAUGGAAGUGCUGGAAAAUACUGCAAGUGCACUUUCACUGAAAGUGGAGAGAGAAAUUUCAAAGAUUUCUGAAUACACAAGAUCUAUACAAUUCUAUGAACAAAGAAUUCGAAACCUCUCCAUUAAGGUUGAAACAAUGGAGAAAACCAGUAUUUCAUACACGGAACUGGACUUUGAGUUUCUAAAACUGGAAAUCGCCGAAAUGGAAAAAUUGGUUUCUCAACUAAAAACAUCUGUAACUGGAAAUGUCAUUGUUGAACAACUAUACACAGAGAUUAAGAAUAUGACUCUGAUGGUACAUCAGCUAGAAAGUCUUGAUAAGAACAAUGUCCUUGCAAUCCGCCGAGAAAUUGUUGCUCUAAAGAAUCGUUUGAAGGAAUGUCAAGAGCACAGCGGCAAAGAAAAUGCAUACAUCCCAGCUGGUACUUGCAGUCAUGGUGGUAUUGUGAAUAUCAGCAAACCUUCUGUGGUUCAACUGAACUGGAAAGGAUUUUCCUUUAAAUAUGGAGCCUGGGGUAAAGAUUAUUCCAUCCUUAAAAAAGACAAUUCUGUGUACUGGGUCGCCCCAUUGAAUGCAGAUGCCAGAUACCUGGAGUACUAUCGAUUGUACAACAGUUAUGAUGAUUUACUUUUGUACAGAAAUUCUAGAGAGAACAGAGUGGAUUACGGGCAAGGCAGUGGUCAUGUGGUUUAUGAUAGUUUUCUUUUUUAUAACUGUCAUGGUUCUGGAGAUAUGUGCAAGCAUGAUGUAAAUGGAAACAAACUGGUUCUUCGGAGAAACCUCCCAGGUGCGGUGUUUAACAAUCGUUUCUCUUAUGCUGGUGUAGCUUGGCAGGAUAUUGAUUUUGCUGUGGAUGAAAGUGGUUUGUGGGUCAUUUAUUCCACUGAGGCUAGCACAGGUAAUAUUGUCAUCAGUAAGCUCAAUGACACAACACUUACAGUAGAAAAUACUUGGCAAACAAGACAAUAUAAACCUUCUGUGUCCAAUGCAUUUAUUGUCUGUGGGGUUCUGUAUGCGGUCCGGCCCGUGAACACCAGGAAGGAAGAAAUAUUUUAUGCAUACGAUACAAAGACAAAUCAGGAGAUCAGUGUAAACAUCAUGAUUGAUAAGGUCUUGGAAACAAUGCAGAGUAUUAAUUAUAGCCCGGAUGACCACAAAUUACAUGUUUAUAAUGAUGGUUAUCUGCUGUCAUACCAACUGGAAUUUCAGCCACUCCCAAGCUGAGACAUAAUGAAUUCUUGAAAUGACAUUUAUUCACUAAACUUGGAACUGUUCAGAAACAAGGAAAUGCCACAUCUCAUACUUAGCUGGCUGACGUGUUAAUAUUAUCAAACACACCUAUAUUAUUUUAAACUAAUAUCUGCAUUUCCUGUCUCUGUUCUCUGUAACCUGGUUUAUUGAAUAAAAUCCUGAUGGCUAAAUCUUGGCUUCAUAUAGUGUAACCUGCAAUAUUUCAGCAAAGUCAGUUCAUGUGCCUCAAAUAGAGCCAGCAUUAGAUAGAUAAUGUAUAGGAAUCUCUUGCUAUAUGUGUAAGGACUUCUUAAUUUCAAC